AUGUCCUCUUCUACCUCACCCCAGGUCCAGCCCUUGGACGCCUCAAAGCUAACCUACACUUACACCACCAAUCCACGCGAUGUACCGGACGAAGCAACCAAAAGCAAAGACACAAUUUGCACCGACCACAUGAUAACCGCCCAGUGGCAAAACUCCACCGGAUGGUCAGCGCCAGAACUCAAACCCUACGGCCCCCUAUCCCUCUACCCAACAGCAUCCUGCCUCCACUACGCGCACGAAUGUUUCGAAGGCCUAAAAGCCUACCGCGGCGACGACGGCAAACUCCGCCUCUUCCGCCCAGACCGCAACGGUAUCCGUCUCCAAAUGUCCGCAGAACGCAUCUCCCUCCCCCCACCUCCCGGCGAGGAACUAGAGAAACUGAUUCUCGCUCUACUGCACGUCGACGCGGGGAAAUGGUUGCCGAAGCAGCGCGCCGGAGACUUCCUUUACAUCCGGCCGACUAUUAUCGGGUCGAACUCGCAGCUCGGUGUCCAGAAGCCCAGUGAAGCUUUGCUGUAUAUUAUUGUUGGAUAUAUGCCGCGGUUGGAUAUGAUGCAUGGUGGGAAGCGAUUGCUCACUUCGCCGCAGGAUAUGGUGCGUUCUUGGGUUGGUGGGUUUGGGUUUGCUAAGGUUGGGGCGAAUUAUGGGCCUUCUGUGCUUGCUACGCAGGAUGCGUGUACGGAGGCUGGGGGGAGUAAUUUCUUUUUGGUUUGGCGGAGGAGGGAUGGGAGGAAGGAGAUGAUUACUGCGCCGUUGGAUGAUCAUCUUAUUUUGGAUGGGAUCACUCGUUGGAGUUGCAUUGAAUUGGCGAAAGAGCGACUUGGGGAUGAACUUGAAAUUACAGAGCGCAAGUUCACGAUUGGUGAAGUGUUGGAGGCUUCCAAGGAGAACCGACUUUUGGAGUCGUUUGCUGCCGGAACUGCGUGGUUUAUUACCCCUAUUUCGCACAUUCGACACAGAGAACAUGGUAUCGAUAUCCCCAUGGGGCAAGUCGAUGGACCUGGGGAGAUUACUGGGAAGAUGAAGGGUUGGCUCGGUGAUAUCAUGUACGGUCGCAUCGAGCACGAAUGGGCAACUGUAGUGUCUGAGAAAGAAUAG